AUGGACAAAACAACAAUACGGUCAUGGGACCCAUCAGCCCCCUCCCUCCUCUGGGCUCACCAGAUCCGCCGCGAGAACAUCCACCUGGUCAACCAGCUCGAGAGCACAAGAGCCGAUCUCGCCGGCGCCAUCUUAUCAAUCGCUGAACUGAAGCAGCAACUGAAUGAAGUACGAGAACAGGCACAGACAGCCAACACCAAUCACGAUAUAUGCGCCCAGAGGCUGAAGGACAUCACGGACAGACUUGAAACUAGGUUGGAGGGGAUGUCUAGUCGGCUUGAUGUCAUUGAGCGUGAGAAUGGCCACUUGAGAGAGAGCCUCGAUAGUAUCGAACGGAAAUGCAGGGAGCAGACGGGACUGGCUGAAUUGGGGAAGUCGAUACAGAGGCAGGUUCUGAAUGAGGUUCGGGCUUGGUUUAGGAGAGAGAAGGAGGGUCUACGAGGUGGAGUGGGAGGUCCAGAGGGUGGUGACUCUACAGGAGUCAAGCAGGCAUCUCCAGAACCAGACAUAGUACCCGAUUCAAUGGGCCUAGCUGAGUCCGCUCCUUUCGCUCAAAAAGGCUCCUUACGAAGUCUCACCGAGACUACGUGGGGUUCCUCUCGCCAUUCGCAACAAUAUUCGAACCGAAUUGAUCUCCACCCGGAGAAGGAACGGAUUGCCGAACCCGAUUCAGCUAUGCUUCCGCAGAUCAGACAGGGCGGACGAGAUCUUGAGGACUAUCUCUCGUCCGUCGAGGAGAUGCGGGCACAGUUGUCUCUGCGGAAGAGAGAAGGCGAGAUCGUCGCGGCUUUUGUGCGGGGGCUUUACGAUGCCGGGACGAGAGGUCGAGUGGAAGGCGAGAUGGAUAGAGCGGGGUGGUCGUGGGAUACGCUGGGGAAGAUAGUGGGCAAAGAGACUGGAAAGCAGCAUAAGCAUGCCGUGGAACCAAAGCGAGCUGUUAAGGGGGACGUCGAAGAGCGCGUAGCAGCUGUACAGGCACCGGGUGAAGUCCACAUAUUCAGACCACGUAAGAAGCAAAGGAGGUUCAUACCGAUUGUGCCAGCGGAUGAAGAUGAUUUGAUAGUGUAA